ACCUAAUCCUUAAAUUAACAUCAGCUCCUAUUUAUACGCUAGGAACUACACGUCUAUACGUAUUGAAUUGUAUUUUGUGAAACGAUACGAACGACAUACGAGAUCUCAAACAUGUACUCCAAAGUCCUUGUAGCACUUUGCCUUGUGGUGGUUGUGGCGUCAGCAGUUCCAGCGCAGCCUGGAGGCGCCUGGGGUGGAUGGGGUGGUCCGGCCGGCGGUGCAGCUGGUGGUGUAAACCCAUGGCUACCACCUUGGCUAGCGGGAGCUCCCUGGUUGGCACAGUGGUCACCAUGCGUCGGUGUCGGCUCAAGCUGCCUAGACUGUAAUACUAAACUAAUCUGCACUAAGAUUGGUGGACUUCAGCGCGCUUGCACCGACCCUACUCUACCUUACUGCAACCUGGGUCAAUGUUCCGCCACUCCAACCGCCGAAUGUGCCCCGGCCACCGAAGCCAUCGUUCCACUUUAAAUCUUUAAGAUUGAACUGACCUUCAAUAUGCCAAUACACUUUGAUAUUCAACAUCCUCAUAUUGAAUAUCACCCUCGUGAAUGAAGAAGAUAACUUGGCAAUUCCCGUGUUCAGUAUCAAACGGCUUGAAAAGAUUUAAUAACGAUUUUUAAUAGCUUAAUAAAUAUUCUUACAUUAUUAA